AUGGACGAACAAUUUGAUUAUUCAACAAUAUGGGAAAGUGUUCGUCAAUUUGAACAGCUUACACCAACUGUGAGAAGUUUGUAUGUUCAUAAACUUUAUAGUUAUGGUAUUGAUUAUGGAUUUGAUUCAACAACAAGUCCUAAUUUAAAACGAGAAACAACCUCCGCACUUUUGUUUCAGAUAUUUCAAGAAACAGAAGAACAUCCUGAGUUUAUAUUAAUAACAAAAUUUUUAAAAAAUGUUAAUGGAAUUAAAGAAGUUAUUCCAUUGUUAUUACAACAAUUAUCAUAUUACUCUGAAUUACUGCUUACAACUAAAACAUCUGAAAUGGUACAAUUUACUACUAUUGCAUUUGGGUUAUUUAGAAAAAUUAUUGGAGGAGUAUUUGUUGAAGAAAUAAAUUGUUCUGAACUAGAGUUUAUUCCACAACAAUUUAAUGAACAAUUAAAAGAAUGUUAUUUUUUAUGUUUAGAUAAUCCAACUCAACUUUAUUCAUAUCUAGUUGAUGAAAUUUUAUUUUUAUUUCUUAAUAUCUUUUAUUUUAAAGCAAAAAGUACAACUAAUAAUAUCUCCUCUUACAUUGAAUCAUUAUUUUAUGACAAAUUUAAUUAUCAUAUUCAAAAUGAAGAAGUUAUUUUCUUUAUUAAACAUCAAAUUGGGUUGUCACAAAUAUUACUUCGUUUUUUAAAAAAUGAUAAACUUCUUCCAAGUUUAACAACAAUGUGUGUUUCACUUUUUGAAUUUUUCUUACAAUCAUUAUCUGUAGUAAGUGUUGAAACUAUUAAUUUAUAUUUAAGUGUUAUUCCUUCAUUUUCACAAUGUAAUACAAUUGUAUUAAAAAUGGAAAAGAUAUUAGAAAAAGUACCAGUUAAUAAUGAAAAUCAAAAGUAUUUUAUUAGUAUAUUCAAUAUGUUUCUUAACUGUUAUAGACUUAAUGUUUUUACAAAUGAUACUAAAAAAGAGUUAAUAGAUUCAUUAUUAUCACCUACUUCUAUUAAACAAUUUAAACACUUUCAUGAGUAUCAUAUUCUUAUCAAUCAAUUAUCAACAAAUAAUGAAGGAAUAGUCUUUAAUAAAAUUAAAAAUAUAUCGAAUUAUCGUAAAACAAUAUAUUUUAUGUUUGAAAAUGAAUUAGAAUCAGUCACUCCUGGUUCUGUUAUUAAUAUAUGUAUUUUCUUAGAAACAGAUCCAUUAGUAAAUGAAUACAUACCUUUAUUAAUACAAUGCAUUUCAUAUUUUAUUCAAAAGGAUUUAUCGCUCUCAUUAUUUUGUGCUAAACAAUUACACUCACUUAUUUGUAAAGGAAUUAAAUUAAAUAGUGAAACCAUUUCUUGUUUAAUCCAACUUAUAAAUCCUUGUAUUGACAAACAAGUUAUCUUUAUUAUUAUUGAUAUUUUAGUUGUAUUAGCAAAGUAUAAACAAACCAAAAAGUUUAUUAAACAAGAAAUUCAAAGAAUUAAAACAAUGGUUUUAUCUUUUUCAAUAUCCACCCAAAGUGAGAUCAUAGGUAAAUUAUUUACAUUAUUAUGUGAUCAUUGUAUUAUGUCAAAUAAAACACUUCAACCAAGUGAACAUAAUGGAGUAUCAAAAAAUUCAUUAAUUGUUACAUUUGCUUCAGUUUAUCCAUUAAUUCUUUCAUUAACCAUUCAAAAUACAACUACUUAUUUAAGAAGUGCAUUAAUAGAUUUCAUUAGUUUUAAUUCAUAUAACUGUAGUAAAUUCUGUAAAUAUUGUUUUGAUGAUCUUAUGAAGUUAAUUUCAAGAACGCCAAAAGGAGAGACUAAAGAAUUUCUUUUAUGUUUGACAAGUAUUGCAGUAACACCAUCUUGUUCAAUUCAACAAAUGAAAAAUCUCAUGAGAGACACUGUUUCUGAACAAUCAUUUACAUCAAAUAGUUUUGCUAUUUUAAAGAAUGUACUUCAAGAAACAUCUCGAUUAGAUUUUAAAUCAUUUUUCUUUAAAAAGAAUUCAUAUAUCACAAGUCAACAUCCUAUUUCAUUCAAUUAUAAAUCUUCUUCAAUAGUUCUUUGGUUCUGCCCGCAAAGUAUUAUAAAUGAGUCACAAACCUUAGCAAUGUUUCAAUCAUUAGAAAACCAUUUCAUAACGAUUUCAAUUACAAAUCAAAAUUAUCUUCAAUUAAAAUUACAAACUGAUAAAGUUGAUUACAUCUCAAUAGAUGUUGAAUUAAAUGAAAUGGAAUGGUAUUGUGCAAUUUUUAUCUUCCAACAAAAAAAUAAUGAAAUGGUGUGUGAAGCAAAUCUCAUUCAAACAACUAAUGUCCAAGUUAAAACUAUUUCAAUACCAAUUCAAAAUCAUGAACAAACUGUUCUCUUUUGUGAAGAAUGUUUUGGAUGUUCUAAAGUAAAGAACCAAUAUUCCAAUUAUUUUAUUGGAUAUAUUUCUUCAUGUUUAAUUUUCCCAAUAGCAUUAACUCAAAUGGAUAUUAGCCAAAUUGAUUUAAAUAUUAAUACCUAUCUUUCUCAACCAGAACUCUUUAUGGCAAAUUCAAAGAAGUUAUUUAUUUUAUCUACAAACCCAAUUGAGACACAACAAAAUAUUAUAGGAGAUAUUACACCUACAUUUAAAUAUGAACAUUGUAAAAUCAUUACAAGUACUUCAAAUAUCAAUUCAUUUCAACAAAGUGGUUCAUUUAAAUUUAUUUUCAGUCUCUUUGAACUUCUUUCUAUUCACCCUGAACAAUUAAAUUCUAUAAACCCAAUUUCAACUGUCAGUUCUAGCUCAAACCUACAAACACAAGACCAAGUUCCUUUAUUAUUAACACCAAGUGAUAAAUUAGAAAAUUCAAAUAAUAUCAAUAAACAAAACAGUAGUUUCAAAUCAUGGAUUAGUUUAUCUAAUCCAAACGAUGAACAACAAAAGAAAUUAAUAGGAAAUAACUUAACAAUGAAUGCACAAAAGAAAAGUGUUAUUGGUAAUAAUAGAACACUUAUAAAGAAAAAACAACGUCAGUCAUUUAAAAAUUCACAAGAAACAAUUGUAUUGGAUGCGAUAUUAUCUAUUCUAUUAAAUUGUGUUAAAACAUCAAAAAUGCAAAAUGAAUUUAUUCAAUUAGACAUUGCAAGUUAUCUUCAUUAUGUUUUACUUGCUUUACCUUCAGAAUGUAUAACCAAAAAAUGUUUUGAUGAAAUACUUCAAUUAGCUGAGAUUUUUAAUGAUAGUUCAAUACGUCCAUCAUUUGAAUCAAUAUUUCUUGAUUAUAGAAUUUGGAGUGGAUGUGAAAAAGAAAUACAAAUACUUAUUGUAGAACGAAUUAAAUGUUUAAAAGAACCAAUUAAUUUAUUAAAAUUUAUUGUUAUGAUUGAAUUAUUUAUGCAACCAAAUCAAAUUACAAAAUCAAUUCAAUUUAUUUCAUUAAAUCAAAAAUUACCAUCAAACGAAAAUGAAGAAAUUUGUAUUAAUACAAUCACUGAAUUCUUUGAAAUUGCAUCAAGAAAAAUAACAGUAGAAAAUAUUACGGCAAUUAAUCAUUAUUUAUAUAUGAUUCAUAAUGAUGAUAUAAUUAGAAAUACAUUAGAUUUAUUAUUUAUUCAUUUUCAUACAUUUCAAAAAGAGUAUAAUCCUUUUGCAGAAAUUAUUGUUAAUAGUUGUAUUAAUAUUCAAUCAAUUAUUCCAUAUAAACAACAAUACAAAAUAUUAAUAAUAAUAUUAUUCUUCCUAGAAACUGUUACUCAAAAUAAUCCAAUGUUUGAUUGCAAUACUAUAACAUUAUUAAUUUUAAAUUGUGUUUUUGUAUCAAAACAUUAUGAUUCAAAUUUGUAUUAUCUUCUUGCUGCACAAUCAUUAAAAAUACAAUUAUUAUUAGAUGUACCAAAAAUUAAUUUAUUUGCAAUGAGAUAUGCAGAAGAUACUAUUAAAGAACAAAUUUGUGAAGUACUUUAUGAUAGUACAUUAUAUGAUAAUUUUCCACAAAGUGCAUUUAAUUUAGUUGAAUCCCCUGUUGUUAUAAUGAAUACAAUACAAACAACAAAGGAUAUUAAAAAAAGAGAUAAAUUAUUUAAUUUCUUAAAAGUGUAUAUAAUUAAAAAAAUGACUUAUUUAAAUAAAAAAGCACCAGAAAAAAUUGAAGAAUUUAUAAAUGUUAUGAUAAGUUCUGCUUUUUAUUAUACAGAAGAAAUGAUUAUUGAAAGUGAUGAAGAAGCGUUCAAGUUAUUACUUUUUGUAUUUGAACAACUUGACAUUCAAAUUAGACCAAAACUAUCAAAACUAAAACAAAAAUCAAAUAAAGACAAACAACAUAUUAUUAUUUGUUGUCAACUUUUCUUACUUAAUGUUUAUCAUAUGAUACAUAAAUUUAAAAGUUAUUUAAAUCAAUGUAAUUUCAUUAUUUCUUCUAGUUUAAUGAAUGAAAGUAAAAGUUGUUUCUCACUUAUUCUUGUUUUUGUUAAUGAAAUAAUAAAAAUUCCAAAUUGUUUUAAUAUUGUUGAUGAAAACAAUAAAUCUAUUGAACUUAACUUACUUGAAUUAUUAAUUACAACAACAUCACUUGAAAUUAAUUUAAUUAAUGAACAAGAUGAUAUUACCAAUUUAAUUCCAGUCAUUUUAUCUUAUGCAGAAAAUGAAAAGUAUUCUCAAUUCAUCUCUUUAGAAUUCUUUACUUCAUUACUUUUAAUAAAACAAAAUCAAAAACUGUUUAAUUCCAUUCUAAGAAUUCCAUCAAAAUUAAAUAAAAAUUAUAGAAAUAAAUUAAUGAUUAUUGCAAAAGAAAUUACUGAAACGUUAAAUAUUAACUCAGACGACUCAUUAUUUAUUAUGUCUCUUCUUAAUGGUAAUAUAUCUUUAUCUGUUGAACAACUUCAAAAUCUUCAGAAAACUCAGUUUAUUAAAAGAAUGAAAGAUUUUAUACUAAGAGAUGGAAAUGGAAUUGAUUCAUAUCAAACUCAACAAGAAAUGAGUAUAUCAACAAUAACUGACAGAAUUAGAAAAUUCUCUAAAACUAUAUUACAAUUAAAUGAUAUAAUUGUUAAAGAUUUCGAAAAACAAUUAAAUCUAAUUCAACCAAUUGUUGAAGAAAACAAACAAAUAACAAAAAAUAUUAUUGAAGAAUUAAAUGAUAAUUUAUUUAAACUAACAAAACGAUGGAAGAAAUUCACUGAAGGAAAAAAUGAUAAUGGUAAAUUAAGUAAUUUUGAAUACUUACUUAAGUUAAAUCAAUACGCAAGUAGAUCAUAUCAUGACCUUAGUCAUUAUCCUAUAUUUCCAUGGAUUAUACAAGAUUAUACAAGUAUUUCCCUUGACUUAUCUAAUCCUACAAUUUAUAGACCAUUAGAAUUACCAAUACCUUGUAUUAAUCCAAAAAGACAUUCUGAAGAAAUGAAAAGAUUUGAAGAAUUAUUUGGAAAGAAUGGUGUACUUAAAGAUCAAAUUGCAUAUAUUUAUCCAACAUUUUAUUCAGCAUGUGAUUAUGUAUUUCAUUUCUUAGUUAGAGUUGAACCUUUUACAACAAUGUUUAUUCGAAUGAAUGAAAAUCAUUAUGAUAGACCUGAAAGAAUGUUUUAUUCAAUUGGACAUACUUGGGAUAUUUGUAUGAACUCUACACAAUGUAAUAUAGAAUUAAUUCCUGAAUUUUUCUAUCUACCUGAUUUCUUAAUUAAUGAAAAUUCAUUUGAAUUUGGAAUAAAUCCAGUAACUCAAAGUAUGGUUGACAAUGUUACAUUACCACCAUGGGCAAAAAAUGCAUAUGAAUUUGUUAAUAUUAAUAGAAGUGCAUUAGAAUCUCCAUAUGUUAGUUUAAAUAUUAAUAAAUGGAUAGAUUUAAUAUUUGGAUAUAAAAGUUGUGGUGAAGAAGCAAGAAAAGCAGAUAAUUUAUAUCAUCCAUCAUGUUAUAUUGAAAAUUUUAUUAAAGGUGGAGAAGAUGAAGAAUUAUUAAAGAAACGAGCUAUGUUUAGUGGACAACUACCAGUUCAAUUAUUUACAAAACCACAUCCAACAAGAAAAUUAGCAAUACCACUGAUGGUUGAUUUAUGUGCAAAACGAUGUUAUUGUAAAAAUUUAAUUAUUCCAGAAAUUCCAUGUAUUAGUUCUUGUUUAGAUGAUAAAGGAAUAGUAAUGAUAACAAAAAAUACAAUUUAUAGAAUACCAUAUUCUAUGGAAUAUUGUCAUAAAAAAGGAACAAUUAAAAAUAGAAUAUUUGAUCAAAAAUUAUUAUCAAAAAAUAAAAGAUUUGCUAUUUCAAAAUGCUAUGGUGUUAUUCAAAUUAAUAGUGAACUUAAGCAAUAUACAUUAAAGUCAAAUGAAGUUACUUCAAUUCAUUUAUUUGAAUAUUUAAAUAAUGAUUAUUUAGCUUUUGGAUGUUCUGAUUCAUUAGUUGGAAUUUGUUGUUUAAAUCAACCACAAGAAAUUCCAGUUUAUUUAAAUGUACAUCUUAAUAAAAUUACUUCAUUUUUCUUUGAUAAUAAUUCUCAUAUGUUAUUUAUUGGUGAUGAAAGUGGAUUAGUAUCAUGUUAUUCAGCGAAUAAUUGGAAACAUAUCUGGCAUAUUAAAUUAUUAAAUGAACCUACUAUAUUAUCUAUUAUUACUUAUGAACAAUAUAUUUAUGUUUCAACACCUUCUAUAUUAUAUGCCAUUUCUUUUAAAGGAAAAAUUAUCAGUAAGUUAGAUUUUUAUGCUCGAGCUCUUGUCAAUUCAUUUAUUCCAGGUACUAUUGCGGCACUAACUAACAAUAAUGUUCUUUGUUUUAUUUCAACAUCCUUACUUAGUUGUUUACCAAUUGAUGUAAAUAUGCCUGACAUUUCCAAAGAAGAAGUUAUUUCAUUACAUUAUCAUCCUAAUGCAAUCUACAUCGUAUUACAAAAUGGAACAUUGUCACGCAUUUCCAUGUCGUUAUUUGAUUACUAG